AGAGGCUCCCACACUGCUCCCACACUGCUCCGGGGCCAGGGGCAACUGAGAUUGCUUGCAGUGUCAUCCAUCAGUGCCCAGCAGUGUCGCCUGUCAGUGCCCAGCAGUGUCGCCCAUCAGUGCUGCCCAUCAGUGCCAUCCAUCAAUGAUGCCCAGCAGUCCCAUCCAUCAGUGCCCAGCAGUGUCGCCUGUCAGUGCUGCCCAGCAGUGCCACCUGUCAGUGCUGCCCAGCAGUGCCACAUGUCAGUGCCCAGCAGUAUC